AACCUGCGGUCAUGGCUUCCUGUCCUGCCAGAGGUUCUUCAGACACCGAAAUCCACGCGAAAGAGCAACUCAGUAAAACUGACAAGGCGGAAAAACAAAUUGUAUCCAGAUCUUCCUUAGAGGCCAAAGAGCAUUUGAAGCCCGUGGCUCACAAAGACCCAGACAGCAGCAGCUCCGACCACUGGGCCAAGAGACGAAAGCUGUUCAAGGAGAGCAAGCAGUGGAGCUCCGCGGGAGGAAGCUCAAUAACCAGCGACAUCACAGAGGAAUCAGUCUCAGAGGACACUCGCUCUAUGGACAUGACUGUUCGAGACAAUGAAGACGGGGGUUUUUAUAUGGAGACUUUCCACUCCUCUGCGUGGAUUUACCAGGGAGAGGACGCAGGCUCGGGGUCAAUUCCUCCCAGCCUCAACACCAGAACUCGAGUCGUCUCAAUUCGUGAGAGGACGGUCAAGAUCAGCAAGGGGACGGGGGAGUAUCCCUGGGGCUUUCGAAUUCAGUUUUCUAAACCCAUUGUGGUUACAGAGGUCGACACGAAUGGGGCUGCCGAGGAAGCAGGGUUGAUGGUGGGAGACUAUGUCCUGGCCGUCAAUGGAACUGAUGUCACCAGUAUUCCUCAUUCUGAGGCUGCUGAUUUGGCCAGACAAGGUCCAGAUGUUCUAACACUGACCAUUGGGUCAGACAUUGCUCGUGGUCCUAACACCCCCCGGCCAGCGUGUCGGGGUUAUCUUCACAAGCGUACCCAGUCUGGUCUGAUUAAAGGGUGGAGGAAGAGGUGGUUUGUACUGACACAUGACUGCUGUCUUUACUACUACAGACAUAAACGGGAUGAAGGCAAGAGGCAGGCUCUGUCAGCAGUAAAGCUGGAGGGGGCUGAGGUGGGACAAGACACGUCCCUGGGAAAACCGUUUGUGUUCAAGUGCCGCCCUCAGUCCGGUAAUCGAGUGUAUUUCUUCUGUGCCACUUCCAACCAGGAGAUGAAAAGGUGGCUGGAAGCUAUGGAGAGAGCUAUUCAUCCUAUUGCACAGAACCACGUGUGGGUGGAUGUCACCAGACACAACUCUAAUCUGCCCCCGCUGGCUGUGAAGAGCCCAGAGUGUCUCGGUUUGCUUCACAAAAUGGACAAAAACAAGGACAUGUGGGUCCAGCACUACUGUAUCCUGAAGGAUGGCUGCCUCUACUUGUACAGCGGAAUCCGUGCUACUCAUGCACAUGGUGGGAUCUACCUUCAGGGGUACAUGGUGCGAGAGCAGCCCUAUGGAUUCAAGAAAUCCACCAUUGAGCUGAAACCUCCGUCAGAUGAGUUCAAGACCUUCUACCUCUGUGCUGAAAAUCCUAACGAGAAUAAACGAUGGAUCGUAGCGCUCAAAGCAUCAAUAAAGAAGUGGCUUCCUUUACACCGGGCCCUUCAGGACUACAUGAACCAACCACCGGAGGAGACCAGAAUGUGAGACUCUGUGUACUCUGUAAAUAUUGACAGCAGUGGGACUGGAUCUGUGGGACACCGGAUGAGCCUCCUGUUUACAGGUUACUGUGGAAGAUAAUUUCACUUUAAGUUUUCCAUAUUGUGUUUUUCAGUUUCGUUAUACAUUUUCAGAUCACAUUUUAUAUCUGUUAGUAAUUAAAUGCACAUUUUUGAUUCCCUUUUUAAACACGUACAUUUACCUAUGACCUAAUGAUCCUUAUAUCGAAAAUAAUUUACCACCAUGUCUUCUUCUUUUUCAUUUUUCUUUCUUUGUGAAAUUAUCCUUCUCACUUCCUGUAUCCCUGUCUCUGUCAGCCACACAUACUAGCACUUUACUUAAGCAGUGGGAAAGGUCAUGGACUGCUUGGGACGUCAUUUCAAAGCGCCUCAUACAAGCUGUGUUGGGAAUUUUCAAUUUUAUACUGAUUUUGUGUUUCUGUGUUUUUCUGCUACACGGAAAACUAAUUUUUUUUAGAAUCUACAUGUGCUCAUGUGCUUUUUGAUACUGCUUUACUGCACUGUAAAACAGA